AUGUCUCUGGGGAAGAAAAUUGUCUACAAGAGUGUGUGUCUGUCCCUGGCCCUGCUCGUGGGCAUAGCUGUAUUCCAGCGUAAUCUGACCCCCGGCCAGUUUCUGCCAGAGCCCCCCCCACCGCCCACGCCAGGGCCCCCGAAGGCCCAGAAGCCAAGUGGACCGCUGGUGAACCCCAAUGACUUCUGGAAGAGAUCGAAGGAGCCGGUCUCCGCAGCGCGCAUGGCCUCGCGGGGGCCCCAGGCCUGGGAGGUGACCGCCGCCAACUGCUCGGCCAACGUCAACCUGACCCACCAGUCCUGGUUCCAGGGCCUGGAGCCCCACUUCCGGCAGUUCCUGCUCUACCGCCACUGCCGCUACUUCCCCAUGCUGCUCAACCACCCCGAGAAGUGCCGCGGCGACGUCUACCUGCUGGUGGUCGUCAAGUCGGUCAUCACGCAGCACGACCGGCGGGAGGCCAUCCGCCAGACCUGGGGCCAGGAGCAGGCGUCGGUGGGCGCGGGCCUGGGCGCCCGGCGCACCCUCUUCCUGCUGGGCACGGCCUCCAAGCAGGAGGAGCGCGCCCACUACCAGCAGCUGCUGGCCUACGAGGACCGGCUGUACGGCGACAUCCUGCAGUGGGACUUCCUGGACAGCUUCUUCAACCUGACCCUCAAGGAGACCCACUUCCUGCGCUGGCUGGACACCUUCUGCCCCGGCGUGCGCUACGUCUUCAAGGGCGACGACGACGUCUUCGUCCACCCCACCAACCUGCUGGAGUUCCUGGCCGACCGGCGGCCCGAGGAGGACCUGUUCGUGGGGGACGUGCUGCAGCACGCCCGGCCCAUCCGCCGGAAGGACAACAAGUACUACAUCCCGGGGCCGCUGUACGGCAAGGCCAGCUACCCGCCCUACGCCGGCGGGGGCGGCUUCCUCAUGGCCGGGGGCCUGGCCCGCCGCCUGCGCCGCGCCUGCGACUCCGUGGAGCUCUACCCCAUCGACGACGUGUUCCUGGGCAUGUGCCUGGAGGUGCUGGGCGUGCAGCCCGUGGCCCACAAGGGCUUCAAGACCUUCGGCAUCUCCCGGAACCGCAACAGCCGCAUGAACAAGGAGCCGUGCUUCUUCCGCUCCAUGCUGGUGGUGCACAAGCUGCUGCCCGCCGAGCUGCUGGCCAUGUGGGGGCUGGUGCACGGCAACCUCACCUGCUCCCGCAAGCUGCAGGUGCUCUGA